GGAUAAUACGACAAUCCACAGUAACCUCGUCCUCAGUUGCCGGGAUCGAAGCGAAGGCGGAACUCGUACAUCCGUAUCCUGACAUCAUUGUCUCACUAGACCUUGUCCACAAGCGUGCGGAACGAUCGGCAACAUGUCACGAGCGGGAACAUGGCUCAAAAUGCUGGGAGUUGGCAUCGUCAUAUGCGUUGGCGGCCCUGCACUCGUCGAGAAACUUCGCCCCACAGAUGCCGAACUCAUCCAGCGAUAUAAUCCGGAGCUCCGAGAGCGCAGUAUGCGGGAAGGUGACCGGCGCGCACAAGAAUUCGACGACUAUGUCACAAAAUUGAAGGAAUGGUCCAAGUCUGAUAAGUCGAUUUGGUUCGCGGCAAAAGAGAUGGAGGAGAAGAGGCUUGCCGAGCAGCAGGCUAUUCAGAACCAAACCAAGGAGCAAGCUAGGAUACAGAGAGAGGAGAUGAGGAAGGAGUUGAUGGGCGAAAAAUAGGAGUUCUCGAAAGGUGUCGUCCGUCCGGUCUAAAGAAGGUUGGACUGGAAAGGCGUGGACUUAAAGAAGCGAUGUAUCUUGCAUAAAAUCAGCAGUUGAAAUGACGGAAUUUGUACGGCGCUGGCGCGGUUCAACUGGUAAGUGGGAAAUUAUCUUAUAUGUAUUCAUAGCUUGAGAUAAUGUAAAGAGUCCCAGCUCAUUUGUCAACAUGUGCUGUGUUCUACGUGG